GGAUAUCUCUAGCUGACGGAAACUUCCGGGAGUUAAAAGUUAUCCAACAUGGUGAAUCGUAAGAGCAAUAAGAAGAACUCGGAAGACGCUGACAAAUAUUCAGUGCUGUUGCCGACAUACAAUGAACGGGAAAAUUUACCCCUGAUCGUGUGGCUGCUGGUGAAGUAUUUUGGCGAAAGCGGCUACAACUACGAGAUUAUUGUGAUCGAUGACGGAAGCCCUGAUGGGACACUACAGAUUGCGGAGCAGCUCCAGGAAAUCUACGGAGAGGAUAAGAUUGUCCUGAGACCAAGAGCAAAGAAAUUGGGUUUAGGGACUGCAUACAUCCACGGCAUUAAGCAUGCUACAGGAAACUUCAUUAUCAUUAUGGAUGCUGAUCUGUCUCAUCAUCCAAAAUUUAUUCCAGAAUUUAUUGAAAAACAGAAAGAAGGUGGAUAUGACCUUGUAUCUGGAACGAGGUAUAGAGGAGAUGGAGGCGUGUAUGGAUGGGACCUGCGCCGAAAGCUCAUUAGCCGUGGGGCGAAUUUCAUCACACAAGUGCUUCUGAGACCCGGAGCAUCAGAUCUGACCGGGAGCUUUAGACUUUAUAAGAGAGACGUACUGGAGCGCCUGGUGGAGCAUUGUGUAUCUAAAGGCUACGUUUUCCAGAUGGAGAUGAUCGUUCGUGCCCGACAGCUCGGUUACACCAUCGGAGAGGUUCCAAUCUCAUUUGUGGAUCGUGUUUAUGGAGAGUCCAAACUGGGAGGAAAUGAAAUUGUCUCUUUCCUGAAAGGAUUACUCACACUUUUUGCUACAACAUGAUUCGAUCGCUGGCUCUGUGGCCUGGUGUGUGAUGUGGUGGGUUCAUAAGACCACCUUCACAUCCACACUGCACUCACCACCUGCAUUCUGCCUCAUGGUUCUAGUGUAAUUAAAGAGCCCGUGUUUACAAACUAGCUGACACUACAAAUUACCAUCUCAAGUGGAGUCUUAUGUUCUGUUUUGACCAGGUUUUAAUGGUUCGUUUUAGGAAAGGGCUUCUUUUCUGAUCGCAUAACCUGCUACAGUUUAUAGAUAUGUUUGUGUUUACUUGCUUAGUGCUGUUAAACAUAUGCACCACAUAAGUCUCAGAAUUGGUAUCAGGACCAAAUUUGCAUGAAUUAUGCAAGAAAUUGUAUCCUUAUUGACAUUCAGGUAGUAAAAAAGAUCUUUUUGAAUUUCCUGUGUUUUGUUGUCCGACGUUACGCGAGAUGUUUAUAUUUUGAGUAGCAUCGGUAUGGAAAGGUAAGAAGGAUGCUGAAAUGCAUGAUGUUGCUGAUAAAUAAAACUUUUUUUUCCACAAA